AGUUCCAGUAUCUGGCCGAUAAACAUGCUCCAGCGGCACCUGAGAUCUCGGAGACUUUAUUAAACUUGCAAAUUCCUCCCGAAUUGCACAAUCCGUCCCUCGCAAAUACAAGCUUCGUCCCAUUACCUAGGAGAAGGGCGUCAGAUUCGAAACAUCAGAUUGCCGUCAUCAUUCGUGAGGGUAGACGUGUCGCCUCCUCUCUGACAGCUACUAGCAAGAGCAGUCGAUCUAGUCGAGACAGCCUCCCUCCUACUACCAUGACUACCCUCUCCACAAUUCUUGAAAAGGACUUUACCGUCGCAGGCAAGAAGGGGAGCCUAGACUGUCCCUUCUCCCAGCCUACCGCUGGGGAGAAGCCAGACGAUACAAAUCAUGACGCCCCGGAGCCUACACCGCACGAUUCUCAAGAUCCUAUCUGUGCGGCCCUGCAGGAUGAAUCCAACUCGCAGCCUGCAGCCUCUAAGUGUCCCAUUCGCUACAUGAACCAGCACUCUCCAGAAGAGAUCGCUCAUUAUCUAGAGACACAUAAGCAUGAGCUCCCCAGAAGUCACGAGGUUUGUGUACGGAGGUAUCAGAAGAACGAAGAGCAUAUCAAGAAGCUAGAUGCCAAGUACGGCAAUCUUGCCAACAUGGUCGAGGGCCUUAGUCGGAUUCAUCAGCCGAUGCUGCCUGAGCAAGACACGCGACCUCAAAGUGAGGUGGAAAAGUCAUCGAACGCUCGAGUCGAGACCUGGGCCCAAACGGUUAGUGCAGAGGCCUCAGACGAUCCGGAUCAUACCGCUUUAGAUCAUGGCGAAGAAGACCCGGAGAGGCAGUGCCACUUCGACCGACCUUUCAAGGAAGUCAGAGUCGGCGAGUCUCCGAGUCGUCCGUGGGGUAUCUCUGUGCCAAUCUACGAUACACCGCUUAGCGGUGGUAGUUCUGUUAGGCCCGAGUCCCCUCCACCAGCACCUGUGCGUAUUCCCUCAUCGCUAUCACCGCAAGUGACACCGCCGGCCACGACAGGGAAAUGUCCCUUCGACCAUAGUAAGCUAACCCAAAUGAUGAACGACUCGAGUCCUCUGAAGCGGGAUGACAAGAGUUCUACGAGACUUGUUGAUGCUGCACUGAGCAGCCAGCAUUCUAUUCCCGCAUUGGAGCCACCUCGUAUUGCAAGCAACCCGCAGCAGCCUACUUUUAUCAGCGCUGCUGGACUGGAACAACGUAAGCAAGACAGUAAGCCACAGAUGCUCUUCACUGGCCCUGUCUUCAUCGGUUAUCCCAUCGAGGAUGCGAUCCGAUUCAUGCAGAGCUUCCAAGGACAGCAGUAACGGCCUCCUUGAAUACUGGCAUGGAUGGCCUCUGUUCCAGGCCCCCUUCUUGUAGGUAGCAUCAUUGGGGUGCAUAUUACGAAAUUACGAGUAGAGUUUUGUUUUUUUAUGACCGUUAGCAUGACAAAUUCGAGGAAUGGGUUUACAAGCAAGUAUUGAUUUUACGUCGUUACGUUUCGUUAUGUUACGUUACGAUAGAUUGCAUUGGCAUAGGCGUUGAGGGAGCAAGACGAGAAGAUACCCUUCCAUACCUACCUACAUAGUAAGGAAAAGAAAAUUGGACUGGAAUUGCAUUGCAUUGAUCACUACCUAUUUCUUCGAUUCCAUUCUUCUUCUUCUGUUCUGUUCUUCAUGUCAAGAUUGCUCGUGGUUGUCUGCGUGUCUGCGUGUCUGCUUGUCCGCAUUUCGGUUCCCAUCUAUAUGUUACUGUUAAUGUUGUUUUCGUGCCGGCUUUGUCUAAAAUAGUUUGCUGUUCCAUGAAUUUGCCUGUGCCUGUCUAACCCACCCAUCCCAUCCAUACCGUACCAUACCAUACCACCAACCCCCCCUUUCCUUACCGUCCCUCCAUUCCCCCUUCCAAACC